AAAAACUACCUUACCAUUACCAUAUGCCAAGUUCCUUGACAUCAUGACAUCCAAGAGUCUCUUCCUUUUCAGCUUGGUAACUUUUUUAACCAAAGUUAGCUGCAGCCCUUUGCCAAACCCAGAAGGUAUGGAGAUCAAAAUAGCAGCCUCUUUUUCGGCUAUAAAAGGUUUUUCGUGUAUGUAGCUUUAGUCCUAGAGUUGGUUCGAACUUUAAAAAGAUAAAAACAGAAAACUAUUUAUAUAUAAUCUUUAUACGUUCGUGUCUUCCCAAAGUCAGCUAAUUCUUAAAACUGAUAAUGCUGUCUUGGACUGUUUUGAUAAUAUUUAAUUUUUGAACUGGUUUCUCAUUGUUUGCACUGAAGCUGAAGACAAAAUGUUUUGCAUUGAGCAAAAAAACAGUAGGGAAGUUAAAAAAAAAUGUCUUGUCCGUGUCAACUUCCAUGAACCCACAAUUGUUACCUUCUUUACUUUAAUUUCAUACAUGAUUUAUUAAAUCAGAGGCUAUUUCUGAGUGUUCGUGGAAAAGUUAAACAAUAGACUGCGCUAAAAUACUUUAUAUGCAAUGAAAUUUGACACGUCGUGUUAUGGAAGCUGUAAUGUACGUAAUGUAAUCCAAUCAGCGCCGUAGUACAACUAGCUACAUUUUACAACUCAAAUUACACACAAAAAUAUUAAGCUGGUAAAAUAAUUUAGUCGAUUUUUCGCAAGUUAAUAUACAGAACUUCUAGAUUUAAACGUUUUACUUGGGCAUGCUCCCAAACCUGUUGCUGUUGUUUUCUUUUUUAAUCAUGUGCGCGGCUUUAAAUAAAUCAUCAUAUUGAACAGUAAUGAAUAUGAUUAAUACUGUUGAUCAGAAAGCCUAAGGCUGUUUUUUGUUCUUUCUUUUCUUUUCUUUUUUUUUUUUUUUUUCCUUUUGGGGGGGGUGCUCUCGCCACCAUACAUUAAUAUAAGAGCUUGUCGUUCUAUUAAUCUAUUCCAAAUAUAUCUAUUUUUUAUAGUAAAACUAUGUCAGGGGCACCCAACAACGGAAUGUUUCGAAUUACGUCAGAAGUGUCUCAAUGAUUUUCUCUAGGCUUUAGAAGCCUGUUUGGUUAACUUGGAGCUGCCCCAAAAACCAUCUCUUUCACGGGAUGUCGGAGUGGAACUUAGAGGUCUUUAAUUUUUUUUUUCUUCUCAUCCAAAACUGCAGUAGUGUUAGCUACGCCGGGUUCCGGUCUAAAUCUGGAGGUUAUUUAGGAGCCACUCUUUUAUUGGAAAAUCAAAGGGAACCUUUAAAUCUUUGUCUCAAAAUGUCCAAUGAUUUUUUUUUUUCAAUAUCUUGAUCUUGUGAAAAUCAAAACCCCCAAAAAUCGUAGUUAGGUUGGGAGAAAAACUUCAUUAAGAUGUCUAGGCAAUGCUUACUUUUCAGAACAAAAAUCGUUGGGUGCCCCUGAAUAUGUCACCUUCGUAGCUAGAAAAUGGAAAAUAUUUAUACAUAUUUCCAAUUUAAUUUUUGAAUUUUUUUUUGACAAACAAGACGAUGGCAUAAACGAAAUCCAAAUGGGUAAGGACCUAAAUGACGACACAGGCGUUGACAGUGAUGAUAUGGAAAUAGGUCAGCCUGAUCAGGGGGAUAUAGAUGUGGACAGUGAUGGUACACCGACUAGGGAUGACACAGAUGGUGAAGAUGAAGGUUUUGCACAAAACCGUGGUAGUAAUGGUUGGCAAAAUGGAAACGAUGGCGAAGAUCUUGAUGACUCUGACAAACAUAACGCUGCUAAUCGCCAACAAAACAAAAGAGCCGAAAGAGGGCCUAAGAAUAGAAAACAAGGUACGAACAGUGACGAGGGGAAAAAAGGAAGUAAGGGUCAAAACACCGGAACGAGAAGGCAACAGCUGAUGGGGACAUCAGGAGGAUCGCGGCCAACAGCGUGCAUCGUUUCUUUCGGUUAUGUUUUUAUCAUGUUCUGGGCUUCAAAAUGUGCGUAA